AUGGCAACUCAGGAAUCCGAAGAUCCGGUUCGAAUGCUAGUUCUUGAGACAGAUUCGCCACAUCCUGAUAUUAGAGACGAAAAGGGUGGCUACAGUGAUAUCUUGAACGCUUUAUUUCAGGAUGCUGGGAAAGAACACGAUCCACCCUUGAAAAUAGAGACAGAAAUGCACUAUGUUGUCGAUGAUCCUGAAAACGGUCAUCAUGGACACGUUCCUCAAGUCUCCGAUGUCGAUCCAUCGAUCAACGCCAUAUUGAUUACGGGAAGCAUGUACGACGCUCAUGGAGACGACCCAUGGAUUCAACGACUGCUGCAACUUUUGCGAGAUCUUUGGAUUGAACGAAAGGAUAUGAAGUUCAGUGGUGUUUGUUUCGGUCACCAGAUAUUAUCGCGGGCUUUAGGGGCAAAAGUAGAGCCAGAGCCGUCUGGAAGAUGGGAAUUGUCACAUACGGAGAUGGACUUGACGUCUGUGGGCCAGAGACUGUUCCAAACGAAAGACAAGAAACUUAGUCUACAUCAAAUGCAUCAAGAUCAAGUGACUAUUGUACCAUCAGCGUCGACAACUGAUUUGCUCUCUGAAGAUGAUAACGUUGAAAAUUGGGCCAGUACUGAACAUACAAAGAUUCAAGGUCUGUAUUUGAGGGAGAGGCUGUUCACCAGUCAGGGACACCUUGGUUUUGACGAAGAUAUGGUACAUCUCGAAAUUGAAAUGCGUGUUGAGAGUGGCGGAAUCAAGGAUAAGGAGGUUGCAGAGAAGGCGAAGGAUACCGCACACUUAAGGCACGAUGGAUUGGCUGUUGCUGGCGCAAUCUUGAGGUUUUUCCAUGGAGAUGAUCGGGACAUUCCAUGA